UUCAAUUAUAAUAAUUUUCAAAGCAUUUGAUUUUGCAAGUUUGAUUAUUUUCAUUACAGCAGCCGCCGCCAAGGGGAGGAGGCCCCUUCAGACACCAAAAGCUUCGGUGUCUCCGCCUCCCUUCUCUCUCUCUCUCUCUCCUCUUUUUCUUUAUAUAUAUAAUUCUCGUUCCUGUCUUUCCCAUUUUUUAACCUCUGCAACUCCAAAGCAUUUGCAGGCUUGGGAUUCUUCACCCUCUCUCUUUCCAUUCAUGUUGGAGAAACAACGUCCUACAUUUCGAAUUUCGCCGUGUCGUUUCACGGCCAGAGGGCCGCGUUUAAUUCAGCAGACGCCGAGUUAAAGUUUCCUUCUCUUCCAUCCAUUAUAGACCCACAAUCAGGAUUGCCAGACCCUUCUUCCGGAAUGACACAUUUAGCAUCUCCCGGAUGGCUGUUGGUAGGUCGAGUAGAGUCGGUAGAGAAGGGAGCGUACAUAUGGCAUUGGUAAAUGAGAGGCUCGGACCUGGCCGAAAUGUGUCUGAGCCGUCUUCCGUUUUGGCAUACGAACUAGUUCAAGGAAAACUUGUAAAGUGGAGUUCAAUGGUGGCAUUGGACAGGUCAAUACCAGAGCCACCAACAGCUGUUCUCUUGCAUGGCAUUCUUGGUAGCAGAAAGAACUGGGGGAAGCACCAAAUUGAUAAUUGGAACUUUUGCUCGGUGACUGGCCCAAGAAUUUCCAACAUGGCAGUUUGUUCUAAAAUAUUUGCGGUGCCAUGGUGAUUCUGCAUCAAUCAAGAAGAGAGGUCCACACACUGUUGCUUCAACUGCUUUGGAUGUGCUAAAACUAGUGUGUGGUUCUUGAGCUUGACUAUUAGUUUUUACUUGAGUGUAACUCUUGAAUCUUGAUGUUAGUUGACCAAACUCCAGUCGGAUAAAUGGUGAAGCAGAAUUACUAUGUUAAUUCAGCUUCAUUUGAUCAAGAUAUAAUGAUGAGAAUGCUUCAAUGCCUCCUGUGUCAUUCUAAAAUUAUUUGAAAUUUGCUUUGUGAUAAGUUAUUUCAGGA